AUGCUGAUUGAGAGGCAUAAUAAAAUCAUUUUAUUUUCUGAGGAUAUUGAAAAACUCUUUUCCUUUUUUGCGUUGAUGCAAAUUGUUUUGAAUACAUUAACUAUGUGCUGCUUAGGUUUUUUCACCAUAAUUUGUAUCCAUAAUGAAAUUGCUGUUUUCCUGUUAGUGAAAGCAGUUUUAUCUUAUUGUGUUAUAAUGUCUGAAGCCUUUGUCGUUUGCUUUGCCGGAGAACAUCUUACCCUCAAGGGCAAAUUGAUUGCAAAUGCAACAUAUGAAACGUUAUGGUAUGAUAUGCCCGUAAAUAUGGGUAGAAUUAUGAUGUUUAUAAUGAUGAGAUCUCAGAAGCAACUAACCAUCACGGCAGGGAAAAUGAUGGAUAUGUCAUUUGAAAGUUUUACAAAUAUUAUGAAGACCACAGCAUCUUAUAUAUCAGUUUUAAAUGCUAUGUACUGA